AUGCAGGAUCCAAACACCAACCGCGGCCAAAAUUCCAUACUCAACGAAGACGAGAUCGAAAAUAUCAUCAACCCAGGUAAUGCAGCCGGAGGUAGUGGCCAGAAAAGUUCACACCCCGUGGUUGAAGAUAUCGUUAAUCCCUCAUGGGACCCUACGAUAUCGAUGUCACCGGGCCAUUUGGAACAGCAAAACCAUGAUGUACCUGCACCUGGUCCGUUCUCGCCAUUCACAGCCCACGCCUUAUUAGCUGGGCCACAGGAGGAACAUCCAGGAGAUCUUACGAGACGAGAGCCCCCCGUAGGUUUUUACCAAGCUCCAACAAGUCCCGAAACGCUAUCUACUCCCAACAACGAGUCUUUGCUGUCAGAUUCCAUCCUCAUGCCUUAUAGAAAUCGGCUUUUGAAGCCUAGCACCAACCCCCAGUCCUCGUUGCACCCCAAGCAAAUACCUAGACGCAAACUCACGAGCGCCAAGACCAGACCGGCUUUUGUCAACAAACUAUGGUCUAUGGUGAAUGAUACAACUAAUCAGAAAUUGAUACACUGGUCGCCUGAUGGUAAAUCGUUUGUCAUCACCAAUCGCGAACGAUUUGUGCAUGAGAUUUUGCCUAAAUAUUUUAAGCAUUCGAACUUCGCAUCAUUUGUUCGGCAGCUAAACAUGUAUGGAUGGCAUAAAGUACAAGAUGUACGAUCGGGAUCAAUACAAGGGAAUUCUGACGAAAGGUGGCAAUUUGAGAAUGAAAAUUUCGUCCGGGAUAACGAAGAGUUACUCGAGAACAUUAUAAGACAGAAGCCAAGCACUACUAGCACAAAAGAAAUCUUAGUGGGUCAAAAUGGGGAAGAAAUGGAUAUUGGAAUACUCUUGAAUGAAUUAGAUACUGUGAAAUUCAAUCAAAUGGCCAUUGCAGAGGACUUGAAGCGUAUAUCAAAAGAUAACGAGUCCUUAUGGAAAGAAAACAUGAUGGCUCGCGAGAGACACCAGGCGCAACAACAGGCUUUGACUAAGAUUUUACAUCUGCUCGCUUCGAUUAUGGGUUCUAACACUCAGAAACUAUUAGGCAAUGACUUGGCCAACGAACUAGCUCAGACAAAUGCAAGCUUAAACGAUUUGCCGAAUGCGGGACGUGGAUAUUGGGAUUUUGGCAAUAUGAACGCUGCCGCGCGGCCCCGCUUACUGCUUAAGAACAGUUCAGGCGAUUUGACGAGUGAUGCAAGCCGCGUACGAGAGAGCGGUUCCAACAAUGACUACAACAUUGAUUCUCCAAUUCAAGAAAUCGACCGUCAGUCUAUAGAGAAUCCGCAAAGUGUUCCUUCGACCACUCUGGGCGGCAACGAUACUCGUGAUGGCAGUAGUAGCGGAAACGGGAAUGGCUAUGCCGGUCAUAACCGCGUAUCAGAAGUUCCGUUCGAUUCCAAUUCACCUGUCGAUAAUUCGUUUUUUAACGACUUGCAUUCCAACAUUAGGAAACAAGGCGAGUCGAUUCAAGAAUUGCAGGAUUGGAUUACAAAAAUAUCGCCAUCUCAAGAUGAUGUAGGAAGCCUCACACCCUCAGUACCCGACGCGCCGUCUCAAGCGCAACCUAAAGUUAUUUCUCAAGAGUCGCCAGCAAAUUUCGAUCUCCAAGACUACCUGGCAACGGCAGAUCCUUCAGGAUUUGCGCCACUAAUACAAGAAAUACCUCCUAAUCGUAAGGGAAAGCGACAAACGGAAAGUGACGUUGAGGAGAUCAAUCCGCUUGCUGCAAAGAAACAGAAAAACUGA